AUGUCCCAAGAAUUUGAUUUCACUGAUAACUCACACAGACGUUACAACCCAUUGACCGACUCCUGGAUCCUUGUUUCACCUCACAGAGCUAAGAGACCUUGGUUAGGUCAACAAGAAACACCAGCCAAGUCUACCAUUCCUGAAUAUGAAGAAAAGUGUUUCUUAUGUCCAGGUAACAAGAGAGUCACUGGUGGUGCUAACCCAAAGUAUGAAUCCACUUACGUUUUCCAAAACGAUUUUGCUGCUGUUAAAAUCGAUCAACCAGCUUUAGAAGUUCAAGAUUCAGGUAAGGAUACCCUAAAAGACAGAUUGAUCAAGGUUCAAGGUGUUAGAGGUAAUUGUUUCGUUAUAUGUUUCAGUCCAAAACAUAACUUGACCAUUCCUCAAAUGCAAGUUAAGGAUCUUUACAAGGUCAUAAGUACAUGGCAACAACUUUACAACGACUUAUCUAAACAAGCUGUUGAAGAAAAGAAACCAUUCAAAUAUUUACAAAUCUUUGAAAAUAAGGGUACUGCCAUGGGUUGUUCUAACUUACAUCCUCAUGGUCAAGCUUGGUGUCUAGAAGCCGUUCCAAGUGAAGUCUCUCAAGAAUUCAAGUCCUUUGAUAAGUAUAAGCACGCUCACAAUGCUGAUUUGUUAGGCGACUACGUCAAAUUGGAGAUGGAAGAAAGAAGUAGAAUUGUUCUAGAAAAUGACAGUUUCUUAGUUCUAGUCCCAUACUGGGCUGUCUGGCCAUUUGAAACCAUGAUUGUCGCUAAGACUAAGGUUCCAAGUAUUGCUCAUUUCACUGACAAACAAAAGGAUGACCUAGCUUCCAUGAUGAAGCAAUUGACUGUCAAGUACGAUAACUUGUUUGAAACAUCUUUCCCUUACUCUAUGGGUCUACAUCAAGCUCCAUUGAAUGCUACUGGUGAUGAAUUGAACAAUGCUUGGUUCCACAUGCAUUUCUACCCACCAUUGCUAAGAUCUGCUACUGUUAGAAAGUUCUUAGUCGGUUUUGAAAUGUUGGGUGAACCACAAAGAGAUUUGACUGCUGAACAAGCCGCUGAUAGAUUAAGAAAGUUGGAUGGUGAUCACCAUUACACUGAAAACUUGUAA